AUGAAAGUUUUAAUUGCUCUUUUUGUUUUGAUGGCAGUUGCCUUUACCAGUGCACACUACAGUUGUGGUGCCAACAUCUGCAAUCCAUAUUACUCAUGUGUUUUGGAUGGACAUGAUUAUGGAUGUAUCUUUAGAUGUGAUCGUGUUACUUUGACACAAAAGAUUGUCAAGCAAUGGACUGAUGACAACGGAAGCAAACCAUACACUCAAGUGGAAGUCACCAUCAGAAACAACGGUCCAAGAUCAGUCAACCAAGUUGUUAUCGGUGCUGCCGAUGGUACUUUGAACAUUAGAGACGCCACCUCCAUCUGGAACAUUGCUGUUGUCGGUGCUGAUUUCACACUCCCAUCGUAUGCCUCAACAUUGGGUGCUGGUCAAACCUUCACUUUCGGAUACAUCAACAAAGGUAAUCAACCAGCCAACAUGUACCUCAAGUAUGCUCAUGUCCUCUAA